UGCAGCAGUAAUGGCUGCUCAGUGGACGCAGCGCUUUACGGCAGUGAGGAGAACGACGCGGUGCAGGCAGUGAGCGAGCUGGAGCUCAUCUGAGGUUGAAAAUGAACUGUCGUUUUUAUGGAUGCGUUCUGUUCAGUGUCUCAGUUAUGAGACUUGGUGAAUACGGCUUCCUUUAUUAGGUUUUGUAACGUGAACGCUGAUGGCCGCGGUUCCGCCUGGGCCUGGCAGCGGAUCCCGGUCAGAGAUGAUUUCUUUCCCCGGGAAAGGGUGCUCUGUCCCCGGGGAGCGGGAGAACCGCGGGCGGAAGCUGCACGACUCGGUGGUGGCAGAUGCUGGCCAGGAACCAGAUGUGUGCGGAUGUAACCUGGAGCGAGGGAACAACCGGGAUUACUCGUUCUCAGAGCUGAACCACCAGUGUGAAACGUUUGAGCGACGAAUAAACGGUUUAAAUUGUAUCGGAGUGUCUGGAUUUAUCCAUAAUCAUAAAGAGGAGGAGAGCUUGAAUGGACUUAAAGCGACUACAGAGCACUGUGACAGAUCCAGCUGCGUCCAAAACACCAACAACCCAGAGCACAUACUAGGUUUACCUUGCCAAGACAUGAACAAGAACAGUGACAACAGUAUAGUUACAUUCUCUCGAACUGAAGUCUGUCAAAGUCGUGGAAAUAUUGGACAUGAUCUUGGUAAUAAAGUCACAAAAUGUUACCUAAGGACCGAUCAAGGACCUGAGGUAACAUCUCAGACUGUCACUGCUGCUGAUGGACCAGUAUUGGAGAUGUGCAGGUUAGAUCUGAACCAUUCGCCUGCCACAGAAGCGAACCAACGUCAGGAUGUCGUGUAUGUGCACUAUGAGUCCGAACUUCAAAUGCCAGGAAUAAUGAGACUGAUAACCAAGGAUCUGUCCGAGCCUUAUUCCAUAUAUACAUACCGGUACUUUAUCCACAACUGGCCACAGCUUUGCUUUCUGGCAAUGGUACAGGAGGUCUGUGUGGGGGCAAUUGUGUGUAAACUAGACAUGCACAAGAAGAUGUUUCGGCGUGGAUACAUUGCCAUGCUUGCUGUGGACUCCAAACAUCGUCGAAAAAACAUUGGUACUAACCUUGUGAAGAAGGCCAUCUAUGCUAUGGUGGAGGGCGACUGUGAUGAAGUGGUACUGGAGACAGAGAUCACUAACAAAUCUGCCCUGAAGCUGUAUGAAAACUUGGGUUUUGUGAGGGACAAGCGGCUCUUCAGAUAUUAUCUCAAUGGUGUGGACGCUUUGCGGCUCAAACUGUGGCUACGCUAAGCUCAGGCCCUGUCAGAGCCUCUCUUUCUUCAGUACGCUAACAGUCAGAAACACAAUUUUGACUGGGCACAAUCAUUCAAGGCCAUCUUUGCUGGUUAAACAAAGUACUUUACUUGAUAUAUCUCUGUGAGAGUCAGGGAACACAAAGAAAAAAAUGUUAAAACACCACAAGUGUAGCGGUUGAAGUCCUCAGAGAGUCAUUUGGUGUGAAUCUAAGCAGAGCUGGAUCUCAGAAGAGUGAAAAGGAAUAGAACCAGCAGAUUCAAAUAAGAUUAAGCUGAAAUAAGGAAGUGACACGAGACCUUUUGUGUUAGUUUGACUUGAGGCUUCAAACAAGAUGUGUUUUUUCCAUCAUGUUUAUUCUUAUAUAGUGAUUUGAACAAAGAGUGCAGGUUUUUUAUGUAAUGUGGCGUGUGUUUGAUUGCAUUGAGGAUUUGCUGUGAGCAGUGUGUGCUAGUAGUAUGCUUAUAGUUGAAGCUGAUUUCUACAUGGGUGGGAGAGUUCCAUUCUACAUUGGUCCGUUGGAGCCAUUUCUUCAGACGCUUUAGUUGCAUCAGGCAUCAUUUGAUGGGCUAGGACAGCUAAUGAACUAAAAGAGCAAAUACAUGGUGUGGAAAACAAAGAAUAAACACUUAUCAUUUGUCAGAGCUCUUUAAUGUGGUACUGAUGCUCAUAUGCACAAAUUGUAAUGCCAGUGUCAAUACUUGCAGUGGAGAAAGUUUUGAAUAAUUUGUGUCUGUUCAGGGAGUGGGUAGGUUCUGUGUGAAAUUCUGCUUAUGUGAGGAGGAAUUUCCAUCUGUUAAAUCCAUGUCUUUAAAAAAAUGUCUACCCCACUGAAAAAACCAGCUUAGUCUGACCAGCUACUAGCUCAUAAAAAGUUAUUUAACUUUAGAAAGUAACAACAGUAAAACAGUUACAAAAUAAGUUUUUAUUUAUUGAUCGAUUUUUUUUUUUUGCCAAGUAAUAAGGAAGGUGUUAAAUAUUAGAUGUGCCAUCUUUCAUUCAUUUUGCAUAGGAACUCUGCAUUUUAUUAUUGGAUUAAGCUGCUAUAAAAAAAAUAAAUAAACAUUUACAAAGCACUGACACGCGAGACGUAAAUGUCUCCUUACAGAAAGCUUCACCAUAUAAACGAUUAUAGUCUUUAUGUAACAACUUUUUUUUUUUUAAUCCUAUUAUUAUUAGGCAUAGGCUAUGUGGAGUGUCCUCCAUACAAGUCCCUGUGAAUGAGUUGUUACUACAGAAGAGACUAUAACAUAGUAGAACGAGUGCAUUAAUAUAAACUGAAUUACAGCUGACAUUACUGCCAGAGCCAUUGUUAGAGAAAAUCAGAUUCCAGCAGUCAAAAUAUUAAAUAUAACAUUUUACUGUUGAAUGCAAAGUUUAGGGGAAAACAGACAAAGAAAUGUCAGUUAGUGGGAGGUUUCACUGAUGCUCCUUUAUUAUUACAAGUAACAAAAGUUGUCAAAAACUGCAAGAAUGUGGUAUAAGUAUUCUUUAAUUAUUUGUAUGCCCAGACUUGCAUUUUGUGAAUUAUUCUUGUUAUACAGUAAGUCUGCCUGAUGUCAUCCACAUUGACAGUAUUUUUCUGUUGGUCUUGCCUUGUGCUUCUGAUUGUUGCCUUGUUUUACUUUUAAUGUUUAGUUUUUUGUUGAUAAUUUUUUAAAUAUAUAAGUAAUAUAAUAAAAAUUAUUUCAUAACCAGAAAUAAUUAGGGAUGCAAACCAUACACAACUACGUACAUAAGAUCAGGUCAGACAACUGAAAAUUGGAAAUAAUUUUUGUAAUUCUGUGGAGUGUGUGAUUAAGUUAAUGCAUCAGCUUCAGGAUGAGGUGUCUGCUGGAGAUAGAGGAGAGUGAAAGACUGGACUACUUACUGUAUAUGGAAAGCUGGAGGAAGUAGAAAUGAGGAAGUAGUAAGGCCACAGAGGUGAGAAGAUAAGUGGAGGAGGAAGCAGCUGAAUUGUUCACAUUUUACAGCUUUCAUUGAACUACAUUUAAAUAAAGUCUGUUUGAACUUUUACAGUGUCUGAAGAUGUAAUGCUAUUAUCUGGACUAACACUGUAAUGUAGCUCAAUUGCAACAUGCUGCCUAGCCUUGCAAUUAAAGAAAAGACAUUUCAACAAUUAUUCUAUAACUAAAAGUGAGAUCUCAGUGAGCACAUUGCACUAUUUAGAUCCACAGGUAGAGCGCAGCACUAGAGCAAAACCGCAACUUCCACAGAGAACCAUCAGUCAAGGCAGAGCAUCUGAAAGAGAAGCAGAAAAUCUCUUGGCCCUGGGUCAUCUACUUCAGUUGGCUGAGCUUAGCAGACAGUAAUAGUCUGAUAAAGUAAAAUAAAGUUCCUCAUAUCCAGCAAUUUUUUUAUUGCAAUUCAGAACUCCUCGUUCUUAUUAUAUCAGACUGGCAUCUGCACCUGACUACAGGCAUGACCAGAUUAGAGGGAAAUGGUACGACCAAUUAUUAUGAAUGGAAGAAUGAACAUAGCAGUCAACUACAGUUCCAGGAAUGUCAAUGUUACAUACUUCAGAUUUUCAGCAUGUUAAAUCUCUAGUUACUAUGUGGAGUGUUAAAAAUGAAAUACAUGAUCUGAUUAUCUAUAGAACCCGUAGAGAAAUGGUCAGGAUAAUAGUUUUGAUGGCUAUCCUGUAGACGCGUGUCAAAGUGUCCACAAUUUUCUAGUUUUGUUACAGUGAUGGAAACAACAACUCACCAUUAUCAAAUGCCUUUUAUAAACUUUGCCAAUUACCAACUGAGAAAAUUAAGGCCUUAGUUUUUAUCUAGUAAAUUCAACCCAAUCUUAAAAACUGUGUGGAAUUUUAUUUUUUAAAAAUCUUAAAAAAUACAAUAGCCAAAGUAAGUACUAAUUAUGUCCACUACUGCCUUUAAUUUAAUACUCUGAUACUGAAGUGUUUUAAUAUGCUCGGUGAAAAUACGAUGAAAGCCAGUCAAAACAUGUCGAAACUUUAAGACAGAAAUUUGUCUUCUGGUAAACAUGAAUAAUAAAAUUGGAUUAUUCUGUUAAAGUACAAGUGCAAUGGAUGUGAAUCUUUUUUGUCAUAUUGUCUCAUAAUUUUUGCUGCCUGUGAUCUUGACAAUCCUGACACAUAAAACUUGGGUUGUUUUGGCCUCAUCCUGUUUAGUGUUAUGUUUUAUUAACAUCAAAGCCAUACUCAUAAAAUGCUGAAUUUGUAUUUUAAAUAUUAAAAUGAAUUUAAAAAUUAAUUUCAGCUACACACUGAAAUACUAGCAAUAAUAUUAAUUUUGAUGAAGGAUGUAGAAAAGAGGAAAUUCGAAGAAUCAAGAACACAAGUAAAAACAUGCAUUAUCAUCCUCUAACACAAACUCUGUCAAGCAGAUGACCUUUUGUUGUGUCAAAUCAAGUAUGAAUUUAUUUCUGGAUUAUUAACAUUCUAUGGUGUAUGGAAAAUGUUCUAUUGCAAAUGUUCUAAUGUUCUAUUUUUUUUUUGAGUAUGUUUUUUCAGUGUAUGUUGGUUGAUGGUAUCAAACACCUAAACGUAUGUUUAUGAAAAGGGUCCAAGCAGUCUGUUUAUUACACAGAAAUCCAUUACUGCUACAUAUUAAAUGAGAAUGACACGGAGGCCCAUCACUUUUCCCAAAAGUAAAGAAAGAGUGAGCUAUAUGGAUUCUCUGGAUGAUCAUAAUACCAACUCACUGUUAAACCUAGAGCUGUGCUAUGUGAUCUUUAGCUGUUUUCACAUCCACAAUGCCCACCAUCACAGACCAUGAACACUUAAAGAUAGACUAUUGUGGAGACUGUCCAUUAUCAGAAAGAACUCAUCAUAGAUGCUGAUGUACUUUAACAAAAGAAAACCAACCAUAUAGGCUCAUCCAAGUAAUGAGAUCAUUAAUUAGUAUUUGAUUAGUAUUUACUAAUGCAUGAUUUGUUAUAAAUAUUGGUCUUACUAGGUCAUUAUGUUUCUGGAAAGCUGGGGAUUACUUGGCAUGUCAUGCUUUUACAUCUACAGGGUGUUCCAAAAGUCACCACACAGGGGGACUAGGUAUGCCAGCACCACGUCUGUUGUGCCUUUGUCAGUAGAUAUUCAUGGACAUCUACUUCUUGGUUGGUCCGUAACACUUCCAGUCUUUUUGAAUUUGUUAAUAAGUUUGGCAACAGUGUUGUGUAUGAUGUGCUUGCCAUGUUUCCUGUUAAAGUCCACUGCAACCUUGUGACAGCUUCCCGAUCCGAUGAUUUCAAUAUGUUCUUCUUUUGUCAAAGGCAUUCUUAUGUCAUUCAAAUGCUAUCUGAGAAAAAAAUAAAAUAAACUUAAGUAUGAAAAAUUUUGGAGGACAUUUUGCUAAAAAGUGUUAAUUUCCCCUAUCAAUGGAGACUUUUGGGACACCCUGUACUUUUAUGUUUAGUCAUUUGUCAGUGGGUCAACCAGAGCAACCUAUGGUAAAUUUAAAAAAAAAAAAAAAAAAUCUGAUCUUUUAUAUGUUGUGGGCAACACAGAAGGUCAAAUAAAUUUGGAUUUUUUUCUGUCGCGUAGUAUUUUUGUUGGCUAAAUCUGGACGUACAAGCCAUUUUUUACAUUCCUACAUCACUGAUGAACAAACCCCUAGUUUUCAAAACCUUUGAAGACAAGAAGGUCCAUAAAUCAGCAAUCAAUCUAUUUUUCACUCUUAGGUCCUUUAAUGUAUCAUUAUGACAACAGAAAUAACACGAACACAGGCAAUGUUUAUAACUACAAGUGCAAUUUGCUAGAUUGUCACAAAGGCAUUGGAACAAUACAUUUAAUUUAAGAGCUGUCAACAAUAAUUAGCAAUAAUACAGCAAUAAACCUUGUACAGUACAAUGUAUACUUUAUGCACAAACAUGAUCCAUGUACUAUAUACAGUUGCUCAUUGUAUGCAUUAAUGGAGCAUGUGUUUACUUUCAGAAAGUUGGCUACAGUAAACAUAGUGUACUCCAUUAGUAUACAAUAAUACCUUUGGAUUUUUGUCUGUUUAUUUUUUAUGAUGACCCGACACUUAUACUAGCAAAAACUUAGAAAUGUACUACCAUUACAUAAGCAGCUGCAUCAAAAAAAAAAAAGAAUAAUGAAACUUUUUCCUUUUGUAAAUGAUGUAGGUUUUCUCUUAAAGAGCAUUG